GAAUGAGGCGGGGCUUGGGGCGGGUUAAGAGCUCGGCGUUGCCGGCGCGCGCGCCGAGGGUUUUCGAUGGCCGGGCAGGGGCUGGCGGCGGGCUUCCUGCAGGUGCCCACGGUGACGCGAGCUUACACCGCGGCCUGCGUCCUUACCACCGCCGCAGUGCAGCUGGAACUCCUCAGCCCCUUCCAGCUCUACUUCAACCCGCACCUGGUGUUCCGGAAGUUCCAGGUCUGGAGGCUCAUCACUACCUUCCUCUUCUUUGGGCCCCUGGGAUUCGGCUUCUUCUUCAACAUGCUCUUCGUGUUCCGCUACUGUCGCAUGCUGGAGGAGGGUUCCUUCCGGGGUCGCAAGGCCGACUUCGUCUUCAUGUUUAUCUUCGGUGGUGUUCUUAUGACUCUGCUGGGAUUCCUGGGCAGCCUCUUUUUCCUGGGACAGGCCCUCAUGGCCAUGCUGGUCUAUGUAUGGAGCCGGCGCAGCCCUCACGUGAGGGUCAACUUCUUUGGCUUACUCAACUUCCAGGCGCCAUUCCUGCCCUGGGCCCUCAUGGGCUUCUCGAUGCUGCUGGGCAACUCGGUCCUUACAGACCUGAUAGGGAUUGUUGUGGGUCACAUCUACUACUUCCUAGAAGAUGUCUUUCCCAACCAGCCUGGAGGCAAGAGACUGCUGCUGACCCCCAACUUUCUUAUAACUGUCCCAUCCCCACAGGAAGCUACUACUGGACGACCCUCAAGAAGACCCCAAUUAUCUGCCCCUUCCGGAAGAGCAACCAGAGCUGUAACUGCAGCCCAUGGAGCAGUAAGCCCACCGGGUCAGCCUGAGGCAGGGCUCUACCUUCUCCUACAGCCAAGCAACCCAUUCAGAAGGCUGGGCCCACCCACAACCUUGGUGCCUCAGCCAGUGACGCCCUCCGCUCCUCUGCACCAUCUAUCUGCUCAACUGUAGCUGGUAGGACAUGGGGCCCAGAGUAGGGACUGCCUACGAUGCCUAGCAGAGCUCUGAACUCACCAACUGCAGCCCACAGUUCUCAUCUUCAUGCUGCCAGUGCCUUGAUGGCGCACUGGAACACGUCCUAAACACCCAGCAUCAUGCCCAGUCUACAGGUAUCCUGCCUGCAGUGCCUGUGGGCUGACGCCCACCCUCCUACGCUCUGUUCUCCUCUAAAGCAAGCCCACACGUUCUUCUCUGGCUGGUGACCAAAAGUCCCCUGGGUCCUCUGCCAUUCUAGGAGCCCAGGGCCUUGAGCUCUGUCUUAGCAGCACCCUGUGUAUAGCAGAGGAAGUUCUGGGACGUUCCAUUUGCUGAAGGCCCAUGAGUCCCUCCUACCCACAUCUCUGAACCGAGGAUGUCUAUGUGGCCAGUUUUCCUUGUUGCUUUACAUGUGCCCCAAUGGGACUUACUUCUGGAUGCCCAAGAGCAUGGGAAUUCCCCAAACCACUGCCUAUUGUUUCUAUAGUGACAAAAAUGUUUUCUACUGA